AUGACAACAUCUAAUACAAAUUCUCUAAUAUUACCUUUAGUAAAUAUAACAAUUAAAGAAAGAGAUGUUUUAAAAGCAAUUCUAGAAUUUUUUGAAACUAAUGGUUAUCAUAUUGCUCAGUUAUCAUUAGAAAGAGAAACAGGAAUUAUUAAUGGUGAUUACUCAGAUGAUAUAAUUUUUCUAAGACAACUUAUUUUGGAUGGACAAUGGGAUAAUGCUUUAGAUUUUAUAGAUCCAUUAAAAGAGUUAGAUGAAUUUGAUUUUCGAACAUUUCGUUAUCUUAUAACAAAAUAUAAAUAUUUUGAAUUAUUAUGUAUUAAACAAGAACCUGGUCCUAUGUAUGAUAAUGAAUUUACCGUUGAAGAGAUAGUUGAAUGUUUAAAAGAUCUUGAACAUAUUUCACCAACAUUAGAAGAUUAUAGGCAUCUUUGUGCAUUAUUAACAUUACCAAAAUUAUCUGAUCAUACAGAUUUUAAAAAUUGGAAUCCUUCCUCAGCAAGAGUAGAAUGUUUUUCUAAAAUAUUACCAUUAGUGGAGGCUUUAUUACCUAAAAGUAUAUCAUCAAGUUCUUCCAAAAAAAAUGAUCAUCGUGAGGAGGUUGCAAUAAAUGGUAGAUUAUUACAAUUAAUAGUUAAAGGAUGUUUUUAUGAAAAUUGUGUUGAUUAUUGUCAAAGUCAGGCGUUAGGUGAUAUAAAACAAAUUGACUUUUCAAAGAUAUCCUCAAAAGUACUACAACCAAAACCAUCACUUUGUGGAGCUGAUUUAUCAUUAAUAUCAUGGUUAGAAGUAGUAUCAAAUGAACAAUUUGUAAUGCCAUUUCAACAAAUGUCAAUAGAUUUUAAAGUUGAUACAAUAAAAAGAUCAAAAUUAGAUGCACAAUGGACAGAACAGAUACUUGCUACACCAAUUAAACCAAAAGGUAACUUUCCAUAUAAUAUGAUUCCAAAUGACAAAUUGAAAUGUGCACAAAAAAUGUCACAAUCAAUGAUGUCUUUACCACAUAUGUUUUCAUCAUGCUCAUUAAAUCAAGUUUUAUCCUCAUCAAAAAGAUCCCUCCAACAUAUGUCUCAAUCAACGGCUCCAGGUUUUUCAAUUGAUAUAAAAGAUAAUGAAAAUAGGGGUGAAGAGUUAAUGAGACAAAGUCAAAUUAUUGAUAAUAUGCUUGAAAAAAGUGAAUUAUCAAAGACGACACGUCCAAAUCCAGGAAGUAGUUCAGCUUCAUCACAUUCUAUGUCAUCAUCACCAUCAUUAAUACCUCCAAAUUCAUUGACAUUUGACUGUUCCUCAGCAAGAAAAGAAUUAGAUGAAAUAACAAGACGAUAUAAUAAUAAUCUUAAUACUAGAAGUACAAUACCAUUACCACCUGUUCCUGAAUUAUCAACACCUGGAGGAACAUUUAUGAAUGGAGAAGAUUUAUCUCAAAAUAAUCUAUUAAUGAAAUCACAAAUUAUUCAACAAUUUGCUAAUCGUACAUAUAAAGAACAAAUCAUACCUCCUAAUCCAUUAUUACAAUCAAUGAUAAUGAAUCCUAUCAAUCAAAUGAAUUGUAAUAAUUUAUAUAUACCUCAACAACAAAUGCCACCAAUACAAAAUCAAUUUUAUCCUCCAAUAAAUUAUUCACAAUCUCAUCAAUUACAACAAUAUAAUAAUCAAAAAAUGUUAGUUGAUGAGAGAGGAAUUGGUGGGCAAAUGAUACAACAAUCUCCAAUGUAUACAAUUCAAAAAACAAUAAAUAAUGACAAUUUAUCAAAUGUUCAAUCACAAAAUUCUAUACAUUUUAUUCCUGUUUGUAAAUAUGAAGAUAGUCAAGCAAUACGUGCAGUUGCAUUUCAUCCAUCAGGAAAAUUUUUUGCCAUCGGAACAAAUUCUAAACAAUUACAUAUUUGUAGAUAUCCUGAUGUUCGUAGUAAUCUUAAUAAUCGUAAAAUUUCAAGAAGUUACCUUCCACAACCUGAAAUUGUUUUAUCAAGACCUAAACAACACCGUGGAUCAGUUUAUUGUACAUCUUUUAAUCAAACUGGGGAACUUUUAGCUACUGGAUCAAAUGAUAAAACAAUACAUUUAAUGUCAUUUCAAGCUAAUACUGCAACAAUUGUUGCAGAAACAGAAUUAACAAUGUUAGAUGGAACAAUAAGAGAUAUUAUAUUUAUGGAAGAUUCAAUGAAUAAUACAUCAAUCAUGGUAUCAGGUGGUGCCGGAAGUUGUCAGAUAUCAUUAACUGAUUGUUUAUAUUCAUGGGACAAUAGUUGUUCAUUUGUAUCAUGUUCACAAGAUAAAACUAUAAAAUUUUGGGAUGUCAGGGCAAAUGGUCCUGUACAAGUGAUAACACAAAAUUUUAAAAAUAUUAAUUCUCCAGUGACAAGUGUAUGUGUUGAUCCUAAUGGUAAAUUAUUAGUAUCAGGGCAUGAGGAUGCCUCAGUUAUGUUAUAUGAUAUUACGGGAAAUCGUGUUGUACAAGUAUAUAGACCUCAUGGUGAUGAAAUUAGAAGUGUACGAUUUUCAAAUGCUGCAUAUUAUUUAUUAUCAGGAAGUUAUGACAAAAGGAUUAGUAUAACUGAUAUGCGAGGUGACUUGACAUCUCCAUUAACAUAUCUUCCUGUAGCUGAACAUACAGAUAAAGUUAUACAGUGUCGCUGGCAUCCACAUGAUUUUACAUUUUUAAGUACUAGUGCAGAUCGAUCAGCUAUUUUAUGGAGUUUACCAUUAAAUAAUGUUGUAAAUGAAUAUUAA